CUGAUCUGGUGAAAGUGAAACCCUACAAAUUACAAAAGUGAAGCUGCUCUAGUGAUCUUCUUAGCAGCGCUCUCCAGCUGUGUGACGAUCUGUGGGACGAUCUUCUCCAGCGCUGCUCCGGUGACGAUCAUCUCAGCGGCAUUCUCAGACGAAUCGAUGCUUUCAGUUUUCACUCUCUUCUAGCUGUUCCUUGAGCUGUCUUUUUAGUUCAUUUUUUCUGUUUUUUACUUUUCUUUUUCUUCACUCUUGGUGAAAUUGAAGUUUUGGUUGUUGAUCUGUGAUGAACAGAAACGGUGAUUCUGGAUCGAGGAGUUAGGGUUUUGAUUGAGAGCGAUGGGGACAGGGAAGAUCGCGAUAAGGAGGAUCGACAAUUCCACGAGUAGGCAAGUGACGUUCUCGAAGCGAAGGAACGGUUUGUUGAAGAAGGCGAAGGAGCUUGCGAUUUUGUGCGAUGUUGAGGUUGGAGUUAUGAUCUUUUCCAGCACUAACUCUAUGAUUUCUCCAGUACCAGCUGCUCAAGACUCAGAAAAAGGCAAGGGCUGGAAGCGAUUUGAGUUUGACAAGGAUGCGCCUCUUGAAGAUGAGGAAAUUGAAGGUAGCGGAACGAUUUCAUGAACUCUUUGCCCAAACAAAGUAUAAAGAAGCAGCUGAGCUUGCUGCUGAAUCUCUGCAAGGAAUCCUCCGUACACCAGAUACAGUUGCCAAAUUUCAGAGUGUUCCUGUGCAAGCUGGGCAAACUCCUCCACUGUUGCAGUAUUUUGGAACACUUCUAACGAGGGGGAAGUUGAAUGCCUUUGAGUCAUUAGAAUUGUCUCGGCUGGUUGUGAACCAGAACAAGAAAAAUCUUUUGGAGAAUUGGUUGGCAGAGGACAAGCUUGAGUGCAGUGAGGAGCUAGGAGAUCUUGUUAAGACUGUGGAUAACGAUCUUGCUUUAAAAAUAUAUAUCAAAGCCAGAGCAACUCCAAAAGUUGUUGCCGCAUUUGCUGAGAGGAGGGAGUUCGAUAAAAUUCUGAUUUACUCCAAGCAGGUUGGGUACACUCCUGACUACCUCUUCCUUCUUCAAACAAUCCUCCGGACAGAUCCUCAGGGUGCUGUUAAUUUUGCAUUAAUGAUGUCUCAAAUGGAAGGGGGUUCCCCACUUGAUUACAACACUAUAACUGAUCUGUUUCUUUAGAGAAACCUGAUCCGUGAGGCAACUGCUUUUCUCCUAGACGUUUUAAAGCCCAAUCUACCGAAGCAUGCAUUCCUUCAGACAAAGGUGUUAGAGAUAAAUCUGGUGACUUUCCCCAAUGUUGCUGAUGCAAUUUUGGCUAAUGGCAUGUUCAGCCAUUAUGACCGUCCUCGUAUUGCCCAACUAUGUGAAAAAGCUUGUCUUUAUGUGCGAGCUUUACAACAUUACAGAGUUGCCUGAUAUAAAGCGUGUGAUUGUGAAUA